GGGAGGAAUAUUUCGAUGUAUAGAUAGAGCUCGAAGAACAUUUAGACAGAAUGAUUUUGAAAAGCUCUCCAUUUCUAUCUUUGACAAGGUACCCUUCAUCGAUUUUGAGUUUCUAUCUUGAUUCUUCCUCACAGAACCCUACUUCUCUUAUCCCCCGAUUGUUCUGCUCAAUAAACUCGGUCGACGGCAAUUCCCCCGACGUGGAUACGAUUUUCCGUAUUAUUAGCAGUGCUUCCUCGAGUCAGAACUUGAAACAGUCUCUCAAAGCGAGUGGUAUCUUUCUCUCGAACGAUUUGAUCGAUAGGAUCUUGAAAAGGGUUAGAUUCAGCCAUGGGAAUCCUUUGCAGGCUUUGGAAUUCUUUAAUUACACUGGAAAGAAGAGGGAUUUUUUCCAUACUCCCUUCUCUUACGAUACUAUGCUUUAUAUCUUGGGAAGAAGCCGCAAAUUUGAUAAAGUUUGGGAGCUUCUGAUCGAAAUGCGUUGGAAAGAUCAAUCUUUGAUUACAACCCGUACUGUUCAGAUUGUUCUUGCCCGGAUCGCUAAGGUCUGUUCCGUCCGGCAGACUGUUGAAAGCUUCCGCAAGUUCCGCAAGAUGGUUCCCCAAUUCGAUACUACCGUCUAUAAUGCGCUCUUAAGGACCCUCUGUCAAGAGAAGAGCAUGAGUGAUGCUCGUAACGUGUAUCAUAGUCUCAAACAUGAAUUCCGCCCCAACUUACAGACUUUCAAUAUACUCCUGUCGGGCUGGAAAACCUCUGAAGAAGCUGAGGGGUUCUUCCAAGAGAUGACUGAAAUGAGUGUCAAACCUGAUAUUGUCUCAUACAAUUGCUUGGUAGAUGUUUACUGCAAGGGCCGAGAAUUGGACAAGGCAUAUAAGGUGUUUGAUAAAAUGAGGGAUGAGGGCAUUUCCCCUGAUGUGUUCACCUACACCAGUAUUAUUGGUGGGUUAGGAUUGAAUGGUCAACCUGAUAAAGCCAGAGAUGUUCUAAAGGAGAUGAAGGAAUAUGGCUGUUACCCUGAUGUUGCAGCCUACAAUGCUGUUAUUAGGAAUUUCUGCAUUGCAAAGAGGCUUGGUGAUGCUUAUAACCUGAUGGAUGAGAUGGUAGGUAAAGGUCUGAAUCCAAAUGCCACUACCUAUAAUUUGUUUUUUCGGUGCUAUUAUUGGUCCAAUGACUUGGGAAGCUCAUGGAGUUUAUAUCAAAGGAUGAUGGAGACUAGCUGCUUGCCAAACACUCAGUCUUGUAUGUUUCUUAUCAGAUUGUUUCGGAAGCAGGAGAAGGUGGACAUGGCACUUGAUCUCUGGAACAACAUGGUAGAGAAGGGUUUUGGGUCUUAUAUUUUGGUAUCGGACGUGUUGUUUGAUUUACUCUGUGACAUGGGAAAGUUGGAUGAGGCCGAAAAAUGUUUCUUGCAGAUGGUUGAGAAGGGGCAGAAGCCAAGCAUUGUUUCCUUCAAGAGGAUAAAGGUUCUAAUGGAACUAGCUAACAGGCAAGAAGCCCUUCAAAAAUUGGUAGAAAAGAUGGAAGCUUUUGAACCAUUGCCUCGAGUAGACGAAAGAUUCAAGAGUCCAACAGAGCCAACAUAUUCAGAAGCACUCUCUUGUUGAAUAAGGACUAUUUUGUUAUGGUUUCGAAAGGACUGUUUAUGAACAGAUCAAUCAUCAAGCAAUUGGGGAAUCGGCUAUCAUUUGCUGGUUUUGGUGCAAGGGAGGCAUGGAACUAGAGGAAAGUUGUUCCUUAAACCACUUCUAGCAGACCUUUACUGUUGGAACUUAAGAGGUGAUUCACCAAUUUGGUAGGCUUCUUAGUAAUUUUGUUAUUUUACCUUCUAAGUUAAAAGCCAAAAAAGUUCUU